GAGGUGAGAAGUGUCCAAUGCUGAACCUGUAUUUGUGAUGUUUAGCCAAUGAGGCGGUGUCCUUGUGACUGUAGGCGGUCCACGGAAUCACAGGAUUGUGCUGUGACUUAUGUUUAUUUCAGGAACUGUUUGUGGAAGUGAAGAAAGUCACUAUUGAUUCCGUGUUUGGGGCACGAUUUACUUGUAAUAAAGACAAUUAAAAGCAGGUUAUUUUACAUUAAAUUAGGACAAACACAGGAGUGAAAAUAGCGACUUUAGCUUCGAACAGAAGUAAAAAUAACGUUUUAAGAAUGGUCAAAAAUUGGAUGGUGUUGGAAAUAUAUAGGAGGCUAAACUAGAGAUAAGUAUUUGCAAUUAUUUUAUUUAUUUAUUAUCAUUAUUCAUAUUUUUAUUUGUUUAUAAUUUGACGUGGAAGUGUCUUAUAAAUAACUGAAUAUACGCGGUGUGCAUUACGUUCUUUAUAAACAAAUACUAAAAACAGCUAUUAUUGUUAUUAAUAUUUAGUUCAGUCCGUUGUCAUUGGUAUUAUUGUAAAGUAAUCAUCUGUCAUUUAAAUACACAUUCUCAGUCGCCUCAGUGCUACUAGUCAUACAUAUGUCAGGGCCAUCUAAAGAAAAACUUACUUGAAACUUAAAAGGAAGCUAAUAGCUGAAUAUAUGAAAUACUACUAUUUGGACAUGUAUGUUUGUGAAUAGUUAGCUGUAAAUGACUGUUUCACUUUACGAUAAACUAGCAUAAGAAUAACGGUUUCGAGAAAAUUUCGUUUUACUUUCUUUUUGUUUUGGAAAGCCUUACAAAUUCUACCAACUCAUUUUACUGUAUGCAUAUUGAUACAGACCAAAUUUGACGACGACGUGGUGGCUAUAGAUGUAAAAUAUUUAACACUGUAAAGUCGUAUUAAGUUGUAACAUAAUAAAUAAGAUUUUUUUUUUUAAACUUAAAACUUUGCUAGAUUUGUUGGAGAUGUAGGUUUGUUUAGUAGGAUUUCAUUCAAAGUAAACUUAAAUGUGAAACUGAAUUGCCAUAUAAUACAGAAAUCAGAAAAUAAAUAAUGGGAAGCCAUGAAGUUACUGAGAGUACCCCUCUUUUGGGACCCCAAACCAAUGGUAACAGGAGCCCAGUCUCUGUCUUUGAAGGCAGGAGACUGGCAUGCGCAGCGAUCCUGAUAGCAGAAUCUCUGGAAAGAGUGGCCUUCUAUGGGAUUACUGCAAACCUGGUCCUGUUCCUCAACGGAGAGCCUUUCUUCUGGGAGGGGGCACAAGCCAGCCAAGCCCUGCUCAUCUUCAUGGGCGUCACCUACCUUGUGUCGCCCUUUGGUGGCUGGCUAGCUGAUGCCUGCCUGGGGAAGUUCUGUACUAUUAUCUGCAGUAUGCUUCUCUAUCUUUUUGGGAUGUUGGCUUUCCCCUUCAUCGCAGCGUUGGAGACAAGAAAUGCCCUUUGUGGGGAAGUCAGAACUUACCCUUUGCAGCCUUCAGAGUGCAUAAACGGCACUAGCAGCAGCAGCAAUGUGACCUGUCCCUACCCCCAGCAGUACUGCAGUCCUGUGAUCUUCAGUGGUCUCGUAAUAAUUGGUAUCGGUGUGGGAUCAGUGAAAUCAAACAUCACCCCCUUUGGAGCUGAUCAGGUGAAAGACAGGGGCCCUGAAGCUACUCGUAGAUUUUUUAACUGGUUUUACUGGUGCAUUAACCUGGGAGCAAUUCUGUCUUUGGGCGGCAUUGCUUAUAUUCAGCAGAAUAUAAGCUUCAAUCUGGGCUACAUCAUUCCCACCGUCUGCCUUGGCGUUUCCUUCUUGGUGUUCCUGUGUGGCUGGACUGUCUUCAUCACCAAGCCAGCAAAUGGUAGUGCCUUCACUGACAUGUUUAAGAUUCUUGGCUACUCCUUCUGCUCCAGCCAGCGGCACAAGGAGCCAGCCAGGUUAAGAAAUCAAGUUCAUGAAGUGUGUCCGCCAAGGCCAAAACCUAACCUGCUGGACAAAGCAAAAGAAGCCUAUGGAGGGCGGUUUCCAGAGGAGAAGGUGGAGGAAGUGAGGGCCUUGUUUAAAGUCAUCCCUGUAUUUUUGGCACUCAUACCAUACUGGACUGUGUACUUCCAGAUGCAGACCACGUACAUCCUCCAGGGUCUACACUUACGGAUCCCUGAGAUAUUUAAGAUGAGUGGAGAAGGAAAUAAUUCUACUAGCAUGAAUUCUGUACACAUGCUCCCGUCUGCCUGGCUCACCAUGUUCGAUGCCCUGCUGAUUCUGCUCCUGAUUCCUCUGAAGGAUAAAGUGAUCGACCCCGUUCUGAAGAGGAGGGGCCUGCUCCUGUCGUCUCUGAAGAGGAUUGCAGUGGGGAUGUUCUUUGUCAUGGGGUCUGUCGUGGCUGCAGGGAUUUUGGAAAGCAAAAGACUGGAUGUUGUUUUCAAGAAGGAUACCAUCGAUCAGGUCAUUGGCAAGGUGACAUACCAUGCAGCCAACUUAUCAAUAUGGUGGCAGGUGCCACAGUACGUGCUCAUUGGAAUCAGUGAAAUAUUUGCCAGCAUUGCAGGUCUGGAGUUUGCAUACUCCGCUGCACCCAAGUCCAUGCAGAGUGCCAUCAUGGGUCUGUUCUUUUUCUUCUCUGGGAUUGGCUCCUUUGUCGGCUCGGGACUUUUAGCCUUGGUGUCCCUCAAAGCAGUUGGCUGGAUGUCCUGUCAUAAAGAUUUUGGUAACAUCAAUGGUUGUUCUUUGAAUUACUACUUUUUCUUGCUUGCGGGGAUCCAAGGAGUAACUCUGCUGCUUUUCCUGGUUGUCUCAGUGAAAUAUGACAAGCAGAGAAAUGCGCAGCGGCAAAACACAGUGUCUUGACAACAAAAAUAGAAACUCUUUCAUUGCCUGAAAGGAAAGCUAAGAAACUUGCAGUGCCCCAAUGUUGUUAAAUGCACAGUCCCCUUGUAUCUUAAGCCAUAGUUUUAAUACUGACAAAAUUUAAAGUCUUUGCAGAGUGACACAGCAUUCAGCAUUAAAGUUGUUGAUGGAACAGGAAAUAUGUCAACUGUAUGUAGACUUAUGUUGUUAUGGUAGCAAACUGAUGAUUAAUGUUAGGCAUAAUGCAGGUACGUGUCAAUUCACGUGGCUUAAAUUUAAAUUGCAUGUGUCUAGGUACCACACCUUUGUGAGCAGUUAUGGUACGGUACUUUAUUCAGAAACCUGUUAACACUUAUUAUAGUCACAGUCCAUCAGAAAAUUAAGUUUACAAGAAGUGGGACUCCUCAAAUACAUGCACUGAUGCCUUUAGUAGUAGUUAUUUUAUUUUUGUCUUUUUUUCCUUUUUGAUGUCAGCAAUGGUAAUGGCUUGCAACAUGGGGUUAUGCAGUUUUAAUUCAUCCUUGUCUUGUAUGAAUCAAAAAUAUAAAAUAUGUCUUGGAUGAUUCGGAGGGUCGUGCUUUACUGCAACUAACCUAUCUGAGGAAUAUACUGUGUAAAAAGAUAAAUUAGUCAUAUUGAUAACUAACAGGAUAGCAAUUUAACUCUUGUAUUUUCAUUUCGUCCUAUUUUUAAAAUCUGUUGCAAUAUUAAAUGUGUUUACCACAAAAUCUACAUGAAAAUAGUUCCCAUAGUGUUCUAUAUUUCAUGCUAAAGGAAUUUGAACAGUAAGAAUGUGUCAUGGAGUUUGUUGUAUAUUGGCACAGCAUAUUGAUAAUGAACUGGACAGAGCUCCUGUACAGUAGUGUUAAAAAGAUUAUGUUUCAGUUGCUACAAUGUGUUCUUAUUGUUGUCAAAAUUUGAAUCUAACAAUUUAAAAUGUAUCUUUUUUUUUUUUACGACUAACAUGCUUUGGUUUGUUCUUUCGUUUUUGCAAGUUGGAUUUAUUUGUAAAAUAUCACUAACAUUUUGAGAAUCAUUUUUAACAUCAGCAGAGGUUUGCACUAAAUUAUGCUGUAGAAAUAAAAAAAAAGUGGUAAAUUGGGCUUAUAUGCAAGCAAUGUUCUGAUUUUUUUUCUUUGUACCUGUAUAUUGCUUUUUAAAAAAACCUUUCAUAUUGUAAAAAAAAAAAAAAUGUAUUAAGUAAAAAGAUUUCA